GCUCACCAGGAAGCCUUGAAGAACGAGUGGCAGAAUUUCCUGAAUCUCUGCAUUUGCCAAGAGAGUCAACUGAAGAGCGUGGAGAGCUAUAAGAAGUUCCAGGAUGAUGCUGAGGCUGUGAGUCGCUCCCUGAAGAAGAUGAACUCUGACUUGGACACCAAAUACAGCAAAUUCAACAAAGACAGCCCUGGGGUGGUGUCAGAUCUGCUGCUUCAGCUGGAGAAUGAGGAGAAGGUGGUGAAGCAAGCAGAAAAGAGCAUCGCUGACCUGAAGAGAAGGAGCAAAGAGAUCAGCCCACUAAAACUGCGCAGGAUGCGUCCCUCCCAGAUCCUCACCUUGGACACCCUCUGUGACUGGGAUGCUGGAGAGGUGCAGCUGACCAGAGGUGACAAGUACACUCUGAAGGACAACAGCAACCCGGAGAUGUGGGUGGUACAGAGCAGCACUGGUGUAGUCCAGGAGGCACCUUCUGCUUGCUUCUCCAUCCCUCCACCAGACCCUGAGUCCAUAGACAAGGUCAAUAGGCUGGAAGGGGAACUGAACACGGUGAAGCAGAAGCGAGCAGCAGCUCUGAGCACCCUGAGACGCAGCCACAAGGAGCAGGUUCAACCCAGCCAGCAAGCUCUCUCCAGGAGCCCCCCUGUAGUCCAGGAUGAUCCCCAAGCUGACCAGCUUCUCAGUAGCCUGGAUCGUGUCGGCAAGGACCUGGUUCAGGUAGAGAAGGAGGUCUUGAACAGAGUGAGGUCUCCAGUGAACUACAGCGACCCCACAGAGGACCUUGCCAGGAGGAUCAAACACCAGCAGGAAACAACAAAGAAACUGGAGAACCUGGGGGCAGCCAAGGAUGCCUUGCAGAAGGAGUGUGAGACUUACCUUUCCAAGAAACCCACCAGCACCUCGGCUUCCCAGCUCCCUGUCACGUUGAAUGCCCUCAGGAGCAAAUACAAUGAUGUCAAUAUGCUCUCCAGCCUGUACAAUGAGAAAGCUAAGGCUGCCCUGAACCUGGAGACUCAGAUUGAGAACACAGACAAGAUAGUCAGCACGUUUGAGGCCAAGCUGGCUCAGGAUAGCAUCAUUCCUGCAUCCCCCAAUGCUCUGCAGGAUCGAGCCAAUGAUCUGCAGAAGAUGAAGCGGGACCUGGUGGCCCAAGAGGACUGUGUGCUGAAGCUGAACCGGGGGCUCAAGGAUGCUGAGCACAGCUGCAGCGCCGUGCAGAACAACUUCCAGGAGUACUGCCCUGACCUGCCCCGCCAGAAGCGGGAGGUGCAGCUCCUCAACGAUCGCUACCACGCUGUUGCAGACCAGCUGGAUCAGCGAGAGAAGACCCUCAGAAAUAUCAGCCUCACCUACCAGCAGUUUCAAAACUCCAAUGAGAACCUGAUGUUCUGGAUGAAUAACCUACCCAAGCACCAAGUGAAAACCACUGAUGGGCCAAGUCAGAUCAACUACAAGCUGCAGGCACAGAAGAGGCUGGUGGAGGAGAUCGAAGGCAAGGUGCCGGAGAAGGACGCAAUGGUCAGACUGUCCAGGAACGUGCAGUCCACGCUCAACGACUAUGAACUCCAAGCAGGCAAAUACAGCUCUUCUUUGGACCCCACCCUGACUGACUCUGCUGCAAAGAGGCUGCGUGUGACCCCCCUACAGGAAAGCAUCCAGGCUCAGGAAAAUGAUGUAACCAAGCUCUACAUGGAGCUGGCAGCAGAAAAUAAACAGCAGCUCAGCCGGCUGGAGUUUGCCAAGAAGGUUGUUGAGAAGAAGGAAGUGCAUGAGGACAUUGAAGCUGUACAUGAGCAAACCCAGCAAUCUGAAAACAAAGCCAUGACGAGGAGGGAAUCUGAGGGGUUGAAAUCACAGCUGGAGGAGGAAAGGAGGAAAGUGGCUGAGAUUGAAGAGGACCUAGAAGAACACAGAAACAAGCUGCUAAUGUUGAAGACUAAGAAGCCCAUCGAAAGAGUAGAAGAAAAGGAGGUGAUAGAAUAUUACAGAGACCCACAGGUGGAGAGCAACCUGUCUAAGAUGGCACAGCAGAUUGAAGAGGAAGGCAAAAAGAGGCAGAGGCUGCAAGAAGACAUUGAGGUAAUGAGCCGGAAGCUUGCCCAGCUGGAGAGUGAGAAGAAGGUUGUUCCUGCCCAGCUCCUCACCAAAGAGAUCACAAAAAUUGAGAAGGAUCCAAGCCUGGAUAGCCAAGCAGCCAGUCUUCGUCAGGAGAUCAAACGUCUCCAGGAGGAAAGCUUGGCUGCUGCUUCUGAACUUGAGCAGCAUAAGAGAGAGCUGCACAUGCUGGAGCGAAAGCAGCCCAAUAUCCGGGAGAAAGUGGUGGUGAAGGAACUGAUCAAACUGGAGAAAAACCCAGAAAUGCUGAAGUCUGUUAGGACCCUGCAGCUACAAAUCGAUGAAGAAUCCUUCAAGAGGAAGUCUGCUGAAGAAGCCAUAGUGAAAGUGAAGAACAAGAUUGAAGAGGUGGAAAGACUAAUUGAAAUGGCAGAACCCAAAAUUAUUGUUAAGGAGGUGAAGCAGGUAGAGCAGGACCCAGAGUUAUUGAAAGAAUCUUCCAAGCUUAAAACUCUGAUUGAAGAAGAGAGAAGCAAAAACUUGAUGCUUACAGGUGAGCUGGGAGAGCUGCAGAGCCAGUACAGUAUUGCAGAGAAGCAAAAACCAAGGGUAGAGGUUAAAGAGAGGGUGAAUGAGAUUUUCCUGGUGGAUCCUGAAACGGAGCGGCAAAUUGCACACCUGAAAAGGGAGCUGCAGGAGGUCACUCUGAAAAGGACAAAGAUGGACAGUGAAGUGGAAGAGGCCUUAGCAGAGCUCAAUGUCCUCAGGUCACAGAAACCAGUGGUGGAGCUUAAGGAGGUUAUAGAGGAGGUGGUGAAACAUGAGAAGAGUCCAGAGAUCCUUAGAGAAAUCGACAGGCUGAAACAACAGCUCAAUGAACUAGUGAACACCAAUGGCAGGACCCAAGAGCAGCUCAUUAGGCUGCAGGGUGAAAGAGAUGAAUGGAAGAGGGAGAGAUCCAAGGUGGAAACCAAGCUGGUCAACAAGGAAGUCAUCCGAUAUGAGAAUGAUCCCCUCUUGGAAAAAGAAGCUGAUCGCCUCCGCCAAGAGGUGCGUAGCAUGUCUCAAAAGAGGAGAGCUGCAGAGGAUGCCAUCUAUGACUUGCAGAAUAAAUACAUGCUGCUGGAGAGGAGAAAGCCAGAGGAAAAGGUCGUUGUUCAAGAGGUGAUACUGACUCAGAAGGAUCCAAAGCUCCGAGAUGAGCACAACAGGCUGAGCCGGAGUCUGGAUGAGGAGGUGAGCAACAGGCGACGUCUGGAACGUGAUGUGCAACAACUUCGUGCGCUAGUGGAGGAGCAAGAGAAGUUGCUCAACUUCCAGGAAGAUCGAAGCAAGAGGCUCGCACUAGAGAAGGAGAUGAGACAAAUUACUUUGAGAAUAAAGGAGCUGGAGGAGAGCCCAGCUCCAGUGCAAGAGAAAAUCAUUAUGGAAGAAGUGGUCAAGUUGGAGAAGGAUCCAGUCCUUGAACAGUCUGCCAGCAACCUGCGCUUGGAGCUGGACCGUGAGAAGAUGGAGGUGCUGAACUUGCAGAGAGAAUGCAAGAACCUGCAGAUGCAAGUUGAUGUCCUGCAGAAAACAAAAUCCCAGGAGAAGACCAUCUACAAGGAAGUGAUUCGAGUGGAAAAGGACAGAGCGCUGGAGAAUGAACGUGCACGAAUCUGGGAGCUGCUGAACAGGGAGAGAGGAGCCAAACAAAAGGCAGAAGAGGAGGUACGGUGGCUCAGGGAGAAGAUUGAGAGAGCUGAAGGCAUGAAGAGGACAUGGGCUCGUGAAGAGACGGAGCUGCAGAAAGCCAGGAACCUGGCCAUCCAGGAGAGAGCCAACUUGGAGAAUGAACUGCGAGAGCUGGAGAGGCAGAAGCAGCAGAAAAUCCUCUUCCUCCGGGAGGAAUCCAAACUGCUCAACCAACGGACGGAGAAUGACAGGCAGAAGAAGAAGCAGCUGGAACACGAGUUUUCCCUGCUGGAAGCAGACAUCCUUAGGGAGAAGGACCAGAUCUACAACAAGGAGAGGGUCAUUCGAGAUCUCCAGUCGAGGGUCAACCGGGAAGAAAUCAAUCACGAGACCCAGAUGAGAGAGACAAAUCUCUCCACCAAGAUCUCCAUCUUGGACCCUGAGACAGGCAAGGAUAUGUCCCCUUAUGAAGCAUACAAGAGAGGUAUCAUAGACAGAGGCCAGUACAUCCAGCUGCAAGAGCUGGAGUGUGACUGGGAGGAAGUCACCACCCUGGGCCCAAACGGGGAACUCUCACUUCUCCUUGACAAGAAGAGCGGGAAGCAGUACUCCAUCGACGACGCGCUCAGGCUGAGGAGGAUCACCAAGGAGGAGUACCAGCUGUACCGGGACGGCAAGAUUCCCAUCUCCGAAUUUGCCUUGCUGGUGGCUGGGGAAUCCAAGCCUCCCUCGUCCCUCUCUAUUGGCUCCAUCAUCUCCAAAUCCCCAGUCUCAUCACCCACCACCCACCAAACCCAAAGCUUCUUCCCCCCAGCCUCGCAGAAGGGAUUCUGUGAUGACAAAUCCCCCAUUGCUGGCGUGUACGACACCACCACCGACACCAAGUACAACAUCAAGACUGCUGUCGCAAAGAAGCUGCUCGAUCCCAUGACGGCUCAGAAGCUCCUGGAAGCCCAGGCUGCCACGGGGGGCAUCAUAGAUCUCAUUUCUCGGGACCGGUUGUCGGUCCACAAGGCAGUCGAGAGGGGGCUGAUUGACAGGACCUACAUGCAGAGACUGCUCAAUGCCCAGAAAGCGUUCACAGGGAUUGAGGACCCAGUGACCAAGCGAAGGCUGUCUGUGGGGGAAGCAGUUCAGAAGGGAUGGAUGACCAAGGACAGCGCUUUCCCCUACCUGGAGGUCCAGCAUCUAACAGGAGGGCUCAUUGAUCCCAAGAAAACAGGUCGCAUUCCCGUGCUGGAAGCUGUCCAGACAGGGAUGAUAACAGGUGAUCUGGCCAACAGGCUCCAGGAUGAGUCCAACUAUGAAAAAGAUCUCAUUGACCCUGUCACUAAAGAGAAGAUAAAUUACAAGGAGGCCAUGGCCCUCUGCCAGAAGGAUUCCCUGAGCAGCCUCCUGCUGCUCCCAGCCACGUCAGAGGGCUAUCAGCGGUACCACCAAGCGAGCCGUUCCCCCAAGCUCUCACGGUUCAGGCACUGA